GCAGGUGUAUCUGUGCCAAACCAUACGAAAAAAUCUGUUUUAUUAGUAUCCAUAUUUGCAUAUUUGUGGAAAAGUCACACAUUUAACAUAGACAUCACCUAUUAUCACACAUAUUCAAUGCUGUGCCCUUCUAUUCUCCCCCCUCCUCCUGUUUUAGUGCUGCUGUGAUGUGACCUCACAGUAACACUAACCGUAAUCCUGCACAUGUUCCUAACACAAGAUGAAACUAAACUCAAAUGAUACUGUUCUUUAAUUUAACUCUCAGUGAUUAAAUCGAAAAAUCAAACUGCCCUAGCAGUGCAGCAAAAAAAUGUGAUUCACUCAUUUCUUCCUAUCACGUUUCAGUCAAAAUAAAUCCCCAGUUAGUUUUGUUCAUAGGAAUUUUCAAGAGUGAUUGAACAAAGAUGCCGAAACCAAAAGUGAAGUUUGGAAUCUGGCUUGUUCCUCUUUUAGUGUGGCAUUAUGGUUUAAAUUGAGGAAGCACUGACCAUGAGAAUGAAACCAGUGAAAACAUGACUGAAAUGGACAGUCUAUGUCUCUGUAACUUGUUUGGUUUUGUUAUAUUUUCCCCCCAAAAAGACCCAGAUCUACCUAUAUCCACUGACAUACUUUCAUCCUGAAUCCUUGCUUGACACUUGACUCACUUUUUUUUUGUCAUUUUUACCGACUGCUCACGUAUUUCUUGAUCUGUGUGGCCUCACUGGGAUGGAAAGUUACCACCGACAAUCUGUUGGAUGUGAUGAAACUGUUUCCUGUAUGCCAGACAGAGAAAAUGAGGCCUUUUGUUCAGUUUGAUAUGAUCUGUCUAACGGUGUUUCAUAACUGAACACUUUAGUCAACAGCAGCUCAUGUGAUACAGUGGAUGGUUAAAAACAACACACCUGAGAGUGGAUACUUCCUCUAUAGUAUGAGUUUGUCAAACUUUGGUAACAAUCUAUCCCUGCAGAUCAUGAUCUGCUAUGAGUGCAGGCAUGGGGGCUUUCAAAUAUUUGCUCUGUCUCCAUCUACUGGAAAGAAAUAUUGGAUUGACCAGUAUCUAGGCUAGAGUGAGUUCAGAGGCGAGAGAAGACAACCAAAAUAUAGCUCAUCCAGGGCCCAAAUUUAUUUAUCCUCUGCCCCGGAAUUUGUCUCUUUUCGGCGAUGCUUGACAAAUCAAAGAAAUGAGGGCUUUGGGGAUACCUCUGCAUCUCAGAUUUCCAUGUAUUGCUGAAUUUCCUCCCCGCCUCAGACACUGACAGCAGCAGCAGCAGCAGCCAGGAGCGGAUUCCUGCUGUCCCGUGGAAUUAUCACGGCAGCGAGGCGAGAAACGCAUGGAACAUGGCUGCUAUGAGGACUUUAACCGUGGCGGGUCUCUUUUUGGCAUUUUGCGCUUUGGGACUGAUUGCAGUGGCCAUCAGCACUGACAACUGGUACGAGACUGAUGCGAGGAGGCACCGGGAACGCUGCAAGAAUUAUUCAAACAAAAGAAACGACCCCGGCUACAUUUACAUCUCCAACAACAACCUUCCACUUCGCAUGUUGCCAAAGGAGAAAAAUGUGGAGAGAAGAGGCUCCAGUGUCAGCGGCGAGAUGCUGCUGCGGGCUAAGCGGCACUUCUUGCCUCCUGCCCCGGCCAUGGAGUCCCUCUGCAGUCGGCAUUUCAACUCCACCAUCACGGGACUGUGGAGAAAGUGCCACCGAGGGGGGUUUGACUUGGAGACAGAGGAUUUGAUCUUUAAAGGAUUGGUUCCGCGCUGCACACCAAUAAAAUACUACUACUCAUCAGCGGUGCUCCCAAGAAAUCUGCCAAUCAAUCUGACGAAGACAAUAAGGCAGGACGAGUGGCACGCGCUCCACCUCCAGAGGAUGACGGUCAGCUUCAUAGGCAUGGCCAUAUCCAUCAUCCUUUUCGGCUGGAUCAUUGGGGUGCUGGGAUGCUGUAAGGAGCAUGAUCUGAUGCAGUAUGUCGCUGGACUGCUCUUCCUCAUGGGAGGGACAUGCUGCAUAAUCUCCCUUUGCACAUGCGUGGCCGGGAUCAACUUUGAACUGUCCCGCUAUCCUCGCUACAUGUUUGGAAUACCAGAUGACAUCAGUCACGGUUAUGGCUGGUCCAUGUUUUGUGCUUGGGGUGGACUGGGCCUUACGUUGCUGGCUGGCUUCCUGUGCACACUUGCUCCUUCCCUCUACCCUCCACACACCCCUGUGGUGCACAAGCCCAGGCAGGAGAACGGCUGUGUGUGACAGGCCGCCGCACAUCUAACAGACACCUGUCUCAUCCUGAAACAGUGACGAGCCCUGUUCAGAGGACAGUUUUUACCCAGGGACUCAGCAGAGAGAGCCUUCACACGGACAGCUUGGCACGGAGAGAGCACAGGACACUGGCUCUCGCUCACAUGAAAAAGAAAAAGAGGGAGACGUUUGACUGAAGAUGAUUUCAGUUCCUCUGGUGCUUUUUUCUGUCCCUCUUUAUGAAUGAACUGUUCAGUGUUAUUGCUUGCUCUUCAAGAGGAGAAUAGUUAAAUUUUCUUCCUGUAAAAUAUGCUAGUUUGAAAAAAAAACGAGAAAAAGAAACACUGGCAGAAGAUCAAUAGCACAACUAUGAAAUCUGUGUUGAAGAUGAAACUCUGGAUGUGUACCGUCACAUUUCAAAGGGCAACUGUGUAUCAUUAUGUACCCAUUCAAAACAAGAUAUGUACAUGUACUUUUUGAAUUGUAUGUAUGCAGAUGCAUUUGUGUUUAUUCAAGGGAAAAAUAUGAGCAUUAAGACCAAACUGUGUUUGAGGGAAAUGUUUUGUUGUUCUUGAGGUCGUACCCCCAUCGAAAUAUUUUUGAAAAAUAAAACAGCCAUGCAAAACUA